CUCAUUCAUACCAGGGUGGUCACAGUCAUGGCAGGAGCAAUUGAAGGAAGCUUUUCGCUUGAAGAUUUCGAAGCUAAUGUUUUGGAAAACGCAGCGGCUAUGCCUAACCGUGACAAAAUCACAGUGUGCAAAUAUAGAGGGCACUGUCUUCGUGAAAAAGGACGGAAUUUCUGUCCGUGCAGAAGCAUCAAUAGCUUGUGUUGGAGCGCGUGUCAUGGCGAAGACUUUGGCUGUUGCAUGAACAACCGACUUGUUCAAGAAAGCGAUAGUGAUGAGAGUGACUCUGAGUUCACUAUAGAGGAAAGUGAGAAUGAGGGCGAGCAGCAGCUGCAGAUUGAAAAGAGAGGACGUGGUAGGGGAAGAGAUCAUCCAAGGGGGAGAGCAAGAGGUCAGGGAAGAGGGCAAGGUACUGCUUCACAGAGAUGUGGAAGGGGAGGUAGUGGAAGAGGUCGUGGAAGAGGUAGCGGGAGAGGGCGUUUGUUAGAAGAGCCAAAUAUUGCUGAAAAUCAAGCAGAUCAUGAGCAGCAUUUAGUGGAUCUAGUUGAGGCAAUGAAUAUAGACAACCUGAGAAGGCUUGCUAUUGAAUUGCUAAGAAGACAGCCAGCAGCAUUUGCUGACAUUGUUAAUGGUGAGCUUGUGAGAGGAAAUGAACCCCAACCACCAAACCCAGAACCUGAUAAUGAUGCUCCAGAUUGGUGCAAGUGUGGGUGCUGCAUUAUUAUGCCCACUCAAGAAGAGAACAAAUGCUGCACCCGAUCAAGACGUCCUUGUAUCUCAAGAACAAAUCUUUUCAGUCAACUAAUCCUUGAUGGGAAUGUUUUGGAGAUCUCAAUGCGAUACAGAGAAGAUGUUUUGGUGUUGAACAAUGUCAGGAACAAUGAAAACUUUCGCCAUGCUGCAUAUAGACAGUAUGUUCUAUGGCAACAUGGUAGAUUAGGAAGAGGAAAUGGAGAGUAG